AUGUCGUCCGUCCAGGGUGGCCAACAAGUAGGAAUCAUCAUCGUCACGUCUCUUGCGACCUUCAUCUCAGGUUUCAUCCUGGGUGUCUGGUCUAUCAAUGGCUACAUUAUCUCACCAGCGGUCCGCGAAGAGCGUCGACGAUUCCACGGCGACCCAAUCGAAAGCGAGGAAAGCGACAUAGACGAAGACGACACUACUUUGGACCAUGCCCCGAGCUGGAGCAAUGGGAUACAGGCGGAUCAGAAGCAGGGCCUGAGGGCGAGUGCGCUGGCAUCGGCAGCCGAGCCAAAGGUGCUGGGGCAGCCCAACGAGGAAUGCAAGCUUGUGCUGGUUGUGCGAACUGAUCUGGGCAUGACAAAGGGCAAAAUUGCGGCGCAAUGCUCCCACGCGACCCUUGCUUGCUACAAGGCUCUCGCUCGUCAUCCUGCCAAGUCGCAAGAGGCAUCUAUACUGUCACGGUGGGAGAGGCUCGGCCAGGCUAAGAUCGCUGUCCAGAUCAAGUCGGAAGAGGAUAUGCUCGAGCUGCGACGCAAGGCUCGCAACGCUGGUCUGACAGCUGAGGUGAUCCACGAUGCUGGGCGCACGCAGAUCGAAGCGGGAAGCAUGACCGUGCUGGGUGUCGGUCCGGCGCCAAAGAGUGCUGUCGACCAGAUCACGAGCCACCUGAAGCUUUUGUAA